UUCCACCGAAACAACGAGGCAUCAGAAAAGAAAGAAAAAAAAUAAAAUAAACAGAGGAGAGAGCAGCCAACCCCCAUCGCCUCGUCUCUCCUCUCCUCGCAGAUCUUCCCCGUUUCCGGCCGCCAUGAACUCCUACUCCGGCGACCGAUCCUCCACCCGCCCCACCACAACAUCCUCCUUCGACUCCUACCAGUUCGACUUCGGCGCGAACGCCUCCCGCUCCUCCACCUCCCGCCCCCUCCGCGACCAGAGGCAAGGCGGCGCCACCAACCCCUCGCCGAGGCCGGCCGCCACAACCACGUGGUCGCACCAGCCGGUCAAGACGUCCUGGACUCAUCAGCCGUCCCCCGCCGCCGCCACUGCCGCGCCCGGAUCCGGGCCCACCUCCAUGGUCGGCGACAUCUUCGGCCGGAGCUGGGCCUCCGCCGCGCCUUCCUCCGGCAUCGGCCUCCCCCAGUCCAACAACCCCAACCUCUUCAGCGACCUGCUCGGCCCCGCGCUCGGCUCUUCAACCCGAGCCCAGUCCAACGCGCCGCUCAGAUCCGCGGCGGCCCAGCCAUCCAAGCCGGCGAGCGCCAACCCUAGCCCUGGUACCAACAGCUCUUCCUUCUCGAUGGGCGGUAUGGCGAGCACGCUCCCGAAAAACACCGGUGCGCCCAUGGCAUCUGGUGGUUACGGGGUUGGCGGCCGGCCGAUGAAGCCGGUGGGCAUGGCCUCGGCGACUGUGGCACAGCCCACGGGGCAGAAGAAGGAUCCGUUCGGCUCCAUUGAUCCGUUCUCGGCGAAGCCUGGGUCUUUGAAUGCUGCAAAGCAGACGGGUUCCGUCAAAUCGGAUCAGGGAUUUGGGGCGUUUCAGGGCGUGAGUUCGGGUGCCAACGCUGGAUUCGGUGGUUUCCAGAGUUCCGGUACCAAACCUUCGAGCUUUGUGCCUCCGCCGGCGCCGGCACCAGCUCCAGCGCCUGCUGCUGCGGUGAACUCUGGUUUGGAUCCUUUAGAUAAUUUGUUUGCCUCGACCACAUCUGCACCGACUGCUUCUGUGGCGAGUAAUGGUGGUGGUGGGGGUGACAUGUUUGGUGAGAUGGAUGGUUGGGUAGAUGUGGAGUCUGAGUUUGGUGGUGGUGGUGAUAGUGGUGUCACAACCACAGAGCUGGAGGGACUCCCACCACCACCGUCUGGAUUGACAGUAUCUGUUGCCAAGGCAAAAGGAAUGGAAAAUUACAAGGGUGGGCAGUAUGCCGAUGCAAUCAAAUGGUUGUCUUGGGCUGUCCUGCUCAUUGAGAAGACUGGAAAAAAUGCUGGCAUUGCAGAGGUUUUGUCAUCAAGGGCUUCAUCUUACAAGGAGGUUGGCGAGUACAAGAAGGCUAUUGCUGACUGUUCUAAGAUACUAGAGCAAGAUAAGGAGAAUGUGUCGGUGCUAGUGCAGCGGGCUCUCCUAUAUGAGAGCAGCGAGAAAUAUAGGCUUGGAGCAGAUGACCUGCGUUUGGUUCUGAAGGUUGACCCCAGUAAUCGGCUUGCCAGGAGUAUGAUUCAUCGCUUGAACAAAAUGGCUGACUAGGGAUGUUUCUCAAGUGCCCUUAUGUACACUGUAAUCUAUCCCUGACACGGAAACUGUGAGUUACUUUUAAUAUUUGCGCUAUACUUGUGGCUUUGGGGGAAUAAUUUACAGCUGUGUUAUGAAGCACAUAUAUACAUCCUUAAACACAGUAUAUUCUUUUGUAUUGUAUACUCAUAUGUUGUAUUGAAUUUGUUUCAAGAGUUCACUUUGUGACAUGAAGCCUUCACUUU